AUCCCGCGCGGCGCGGCCGGCGCCUCCAGUCCGGGUCUUGGCGGGACCCCCUCCUCCCUCCCGCUCCCCGCGCUCUCGCCUUUUAAUCAUGCCCCUCUGUCUGUGUGUGAGUGCAGGCAGGCUGACAAUGAUUUCCUCAGUGAUUACGUACAGAGCGAGUCCCUGCGGGUUAGGGGCCCCCUCUGGAGCCAUCCUGAUGGCUUUGGGGGCCUUGCUUCCAUUUUCCAUUAUUAUGUGGACUACCGGAGCGACAGCGCAGUCCAAGACCUUGCAGACCCCAACUGUAAACUUGAAGACAAGACUGAAGAUGGAGAGGCCCUAGACUGCAAGAAGAGGCCGGAAGACAGCGAGGAGUUGGAGGACGAGGCUGUGCACAGCUGUGACAGCUGCCUCCAGGUGUUCGAGUCACUCAGCGACAUCACAGAGCACAAGAUCCAUCAAUGCCAGCUGACAGAUGGAGUUGACGUUGAGGACGACCCCACCUGCUCUUGGCCAGCCUCCUCACCUUCCAGUAAGGACCAGACUUCCCCCAGCCAUGGAGAAGGCUGUGAUUUUGGCGAGGAAGAAGGUGGCCCUGGACUGCCGUACCCGUGCCAGUUCUGUGACAAGUCAUUUAGCCGCCUCAGCUACCUAAAGCACCAUGAGCAGAGCCACAGCGACAAGCUGCCCUUCAAGUGCACCUACUGCAGUCGGCUGUUCAAACACAAGCGCAGCCGCGACCGCCACAUAAAGCUCCACACGGGGGACAAGAAGUACCACUGCAGCGAAUGUGACGCGGCGUUCUCCCGAAGCGAUCAUCUGAAGAUCCACUUAAAGACUCACACGUCCAACAAGCCAUAUAAAUGUGCCAUUUGUCGCCGCGGGUUCCUGUCCUCCAGUUCCUUGCACGGACACAUGCAGGUUCAUGAGCGGAACAAGGACGGCUCCCAGUCUGGCUCCAGGAUGGAGGACUGGAAGAUGAAGGACACUCAGAAGUGCAGCCAGUGCGAGGAAGGCUUUGACUUCCCAGAGGACCUCCAGAAGCACAUUGCAGAGUGCCACCCCGAGUGCUCCCCAAAUGAGGACCGAGCAGCCCUCCAGUGCAUGUACUGCCACGAGCUGUUCGUGGAGGAGACCUCCCUCAUGAACCACAUAGAGCAGGUGCAUGGAGGCGAAAAGAAGAACUCCUGCAGCAUCUGCUCAGAGAGCUUCCUCACUGUUGAGGAGCUGUACAGCCACAUGGACAGUCACCAGCAACCAGAGUCCUGCAAUCACAGCAACAGCCCUUCCCUGGUCACCGUGGGGUACACCUCUGUGUCCAGCACGACUCCAGAUUCCAACCUCUCGGUGGACAGCUCAACCAUGGUGGAGGCCGCCCCACCAAUUCCAAAGAGCCGAGGGAGGAAGCGAGCCGCGCAACAGACCGCGGACAUGACGGGCCCCUCUAGCAAACAAGCGAAAGUUACCUACAGCUGUAUUUACUGCAACAAGCAGUUAUUUUCGAGUCUCGCGGUUCUGCAGAUCCACUUGAAAACUAUGCAUUUAGAUAAGCCGGAGCAGGCCCAUAUCUGUCAGUAUUGCCUGGAGGUCUUGCCCUCACUCUAUAACCUAAACGAACACCUUAAACAAGUGCACGAAGCUCAGGACCCGGGCCUGAUGGUCUCGGCCAUGCCUGCCAUCGUUUACCAGUGCAACUUCUGCUCUGAAGUCGUCAAUGACCUCAACACCCUUCAAGAGCACAUCCGCUGCUCCCACGGGUUUGCCAACCCUGCCGCCAAGGACAGCAAUGCGUUCUUCUGUCCCCAUUGUUACAUGGGGUUUCUCACUGACUCUUCUCUCGAAGAGCAUAUAAGACAGGUCCACUGUGACCUCAGUGGCUCCCGGUUUGGGUCUCCUGUGCUUGGGACUCCAAAAGAACCCGUAGUGGAAGUCUAUUCCUGUUCCUAUUGUACGAACUCGCCAAUAUUCAACAGUGUUCUUAAACUGAAUAAGCAUAUUAAAGAGAAUCAUAAAAACAUUCCCUUGGCCCUGAAUUAUAUUCACAAUGGGAAGAAAUCCCGGGCCUUGAGCCCCUUGUCUCCUGUGGCCAUAGAGCAGACAUCUCUUAAGAUGAUGCAGGCAGUGGGAGGUGGCCCUGCCCGUUCUGCCGGAGAAUAUAUCUGUAAUCAGUGUGGUGCUAAGUACACAUCCCUAGACAGUUUUCAGACUCACCUCAAAACCCAUCUGGACACCGUGCUGCCGAAACUGACCUGCCCUCAGUGUAACAAAGAAUUCCCCAACCAGGAGUCCUUGCUAAAGCAUGUGACCAUCCACUUCAUGAUCACCUCAACCUACUACAUCUGUGAGAGCUGUGACAAGCAGUUCACCUCGGUGGACGACCUCCAGAAGCACCUGCUGGACAUGCACACCUUCGUCUUCUUCCGGUGCACGCUCUGCCAGGAGGUGUUCGACUCCAAGGUCUCCAUCCAGCUGCACUUGGCCGUGAAGCACAGCAACGAGAAGAAGGUCUACCGCUGCACGUCCUGCAACUGGGACUUCCGCAACGAGACCGACCUGCAGCUGCACGUGAAGCACAACCACCUGGAGAACCAAGGUAAGGUGCACAAGUGCAUCUUCUGCGGGGAGUCCUUCGGCACGGAGGUGGAGCUGCAGUGCCACAUCACCACGCACAGCAAGAAGUACAACUGCAGGUUCUGCAGCAAGGCCUUCCACGCCGUCAUCCUGCUGGAGAAGCACCUGCGGGAGAAGCACUGUGUGUUCGAGACCAAGACCCCCAACUGCGGCACCAACGGGGCCUCGGAGCAAGUGCAGAAGGAGGAGGCAGAGCUGCAGACCUUGCUCACCAACAGCCAGGAGUCCCAUAACAGUCACGACGGGAGCGAGGAGGACGUGGACAGCUCUGAACCCAUGUACGGCUGCGACAUCUGUGGGGCGGCCUACACCAUGGAGACUCUGCUGCAGAACCACCAGCUCCGGGAUCACAACAUCAGGCCCGGAGAGAGCGCCAUCGUGAAGAAGAAAGCAGAGCUCAUUAAAGGGAAUUACAAGUGCAACGUUUGCUCGAGAACCUUCUUCUCCGAGAACGGGCUCCGCGAACACAUGCAGACCCACCUCGGCCUCAAACACUACAUGUGCCCCAUCUGUGGAGAGCGCUUCCCUUCCCUCUUGACUCUCACUGAACACAAAGUCACGCACAGCAAGAGCCUGGAUACUGGAAACUGCCGCAUUUGCAAGAUGCCUCUACAGAGCGAAGAGGAGUUUCUGGAGCACUGCCAGAUGCACCCUGACCUGAGGAAUUCCCUGACUGGGUUUCGCUGUGUGGUGUGCAUGCAGACUGUCACCUCCACCUUGGAACUCAAAAUCCACGGGACCUUCCACAUGCAGAAGACAGGGAACGGGUCCACCGUGCAGACCACUGGGCGUGGCCAGCACGUUCAGAAACUGUACAAGUGCGCGUCUUGCCUCAAAGAGUUCCGUUCCAAGCAAGAUCUGGUGAAACUUGACAUCAAUGGCCUGCCAUAUGGUUUGUGUGCCGGCUGUGUGAAUCUCAGUAAGAGCAGUAGCCCGGGCCUCAGUCUCCCUCCUGGCGCCAGCAGACCUGGCUUGGGCCAGAAUGAGACGCUGAGUGCCAUGGAGGGUAAAGGCAAGGCAGGGGGACUGAAGACGCGCUGUUCAAGCUGCAACGUCAAGUUCGAGUCUGAAAGCGAACUCCAGAACCACAUCCAGACGGUGCACCGGGAACUCCUGCCAGACGGCAGCAGCACACAGUUGAAAACGCCCCAAGUGUCGCCCAUGCCCAGAAUCAGUCCCUCCCAGUCAGACGAGAAGAAGACGUACCAGUGCAUCAAGUGUCAGAUGGUUUUCUACAACGAGUGGGACAUCCAGGUUCAUGUGGCAAAUCACAUGAUUGAUGAGGGACUGAACCACGAGUGCAAACUCUGCAGCCAGACCUUCGACUCCCCGGCCAAACUGCAGUGCCACCUGAUCGAGCACAGCUUUGAAGGGAUGGGAGGCACCUUCAAGUGCCCGGUCUGCUUCACAGUGUUUGUCCAAGCUAACAAGCUGCAGCAGCACAUAUUCUCUGCCCAUGGACAAGAAGACAAGAUCUACGACUGCACGCAAUGUCCACAGAAGUUUUUCUUCCAAACAGAGCUGCAGAAUCAUACGAUGACCCAGCACAGCAGUUAGUUCAAGUACAGCCUCUCGAGGAGAAGGACUUCUGUGGCACAAAAAGGGAACAUGUUUUACUCUUUGCACGAAACUUACAUUGUUAAUGUAUAUUCUUCAGAAGCAUUGUAUUGUAUCAUACAACUUGUAUUAUCGAAACUGUUGGAUGUUCAUGUGUUGGAACUUUUGAGCACCAGAUAGACUCCUUGUAUAUAAAGUGUUGCACAUGUAUUAUGUCGUCGAUGCUAAAAUGGUCUUAUAAAGACGAGUGGACUUGGGCCCUAUUCAGGCAAGAUUUUCAAAGUGAACAAAAAGGCUUAAGAGAAAAUGUUUUCAAGGAAGACAGAACUUAAAAGAACUGUUAUCUUGUGACUACGGUUGGACUUCCUUUUAUUUACACUUAAGCCUAGAAUUUCUCUUUUGGUAUAUCAACGAUUAAAACUCAAGACUAUUUUUUAUUGCUGGAGACUCUGGUGCACCGUGAAGAGACAUUCUCACAGAACAGAACCCUACAUCUGGAUACGGCCCGUAUAUAUGUUUGUAAGCCUUGCAGUGGGACAGGUAGCCUCGCCAUAUACGCAAUAGUUGUUAUGUAGACUGUCAAGGGGUUUUGGUUUUUUUUUUUUUUUCCUGGCUACAUUUGAAGCUUUGAGUGUUCAAGGUUUUCCUUAAUGAUUUCACACAGCCAAAUUCUUGAAUCAGUUGAACUAAUCUGUAUGUUACUGUUCUCAAUGUUUACUCUGCGGUCUGAACCUGGAGAUUACUGGAAUUGUUUUCCAAGAGGAAAUAAAUUCAGUUUACCAUCA